AUGGGUAUUGAAAAUCAAUUUCAACAACAAAUUCCACAACCAUUGUUAGUUCCAGUAAAUGAAAUAAACCAAGAAAAAUAUAUUGUCAACCAAUAUUCAAAAACUCAACUUAAAGGUUCAUUUUUAAAGGGAUUUUCUGAAACAUUUCCAUAUGAAUUGACAAAUGUAAUGGCUCCACAAGACUAUCAAAGUAUUAUUAAAGAAAUAAAUGGAAUAUCAAAAACUAAAAAAAUUCCAAUCAAAGGAUUUUUCGGUUUAUUAGUAGUUUCAAUCACUCUUUUAUUCUUUAGUCCUUUGGCUUUCGUCGUUAUUUUCCCAAUUGCAAUUUCUUUAAUUACAGUUUCAUUAGUUUGUGUGCAAUAUUUCUCAAAGAGAAUUCAAGAGAAAAUUGAAAAAACCUUAAUUAAUUUUAAUAAUGUCUUUGCAAUUCGUAGAGUUAACAUUGAACUUUCAAAGAAAUGUAUGUUUUUGAAAACCAAAGUUAAAAUUGUCUAUCCAGCAUCUCUUGCAAUUCAACCAGUUAUGUACAAUAUUCAACCAAUUCAACAAGCUUUUUAUCAACAACCAACAACAGUUGGAAAAGUUGAAACAACCAAAAAUGAAGAUACAGCUUCUUUAUUAUCAAAAGUUUAA